AUGCCCGCCAGCGUUCCUCCCGUGGUCGCCUUGCUUUCCGUGGUGGGCACCCUCGAAGCCGCCUCGCUCAUCUUGACAAUUUGGGUGAUUGUAGGGCGACGAAAUCUGAGCAAAGCCGUCAAAUUGUACAUUAUGGCUGAUCUAAUCACAAGACUCCUCUUUGCCAUCAGCCGAUUCAAUCGUGUCAUCUGUAUAUUAACCUGGCACUGUGUGUCGACUGAUGGCUACCCAUUUUCGUGGUUAAUGCUCAACUUAAUCACAUCAGCUUUCGAGUUUGGGCUUGAGCUGAUGCUGAAACUAGUGGCCGUCGCUUUCAGUGUCAAUCGCUUUUUCGCUGUCUACUUCAAUGGACUAUACUACUCGAGAUUUGAGCGUUCGGCCUUUUUACAAUGCUUCCUAUUGACCAUCUUUCCGGCGGCCGCUUAUCUUGUCUCAAUCGGCACAUUGACGAACAAGUCGACCGACUAUGUGUGUUAUGGUGGAACGUUCUUCAAUCCUGCCAACUAUCUAUUCACGUGGUUCUACUCGUGGAAGCCCGGGUGGACGAACACUUGGGAGCUCGUGGCCGAGUCGUGGGUGGUACCCAUUUCGGGUGUCUCGGCUCUCAUUCUCGAUUUGCUCACGAUGCUGAAGAUUCGACAAAUGAAAAGGUUUGUCGAUUCGAAGCAAAAGAUCAAAGGCGAUAGAACGCUUUUAAUCAUGAUUUUCAUCACCCAUCUGAUCACUAUGAUCCGUUGGAUGCAAAACAAAGUGAUCCGAAUCGAUGUGAGAUCCGACUACGAGCACACGAUACUCAAUCAAUACUAUUAUGCGACCAUACCCGUGACGCUCUUUCGAUUUGGGCAAACG